CCAUCUUCCUCCCUCUUCCUCUCCUCCUCCUCUUCCCUCCACUUCCUCCUCUUCUUCUUAGGGUUAGUUUGGUUUCUACUAACUUCAGCUGUCAGGGCUGUGCUAUUUAUUGCUGUGCUGUGCUGUACUAUCCUGUGUUUGCUCCCACCUUUCCUCUCUGGGAAACCUAAAUCUCCACAACUCACUCACCUCACUCUGGCUCAACACACACCCUCGUUUCCCCAAUUUUCUUGGCUCUCCUCGUUGCCGUUGCCGUGCUGCCGCUGCUGUCGUCUGUCACAGCCUCAUUCUUUUUCUUCCUCUCUCACUCUUCCUCCUCCUCCUCUUCCAUCAUUGUCGUCGCUGCCUCAUUCUUUCCGUUUCUGGAUAUUUUGACCACCACCACCGCCGCCUCCUCUGACACCACCUCGCACCCCAAGGGACUCGGCAACCCAGAGCCUUGCGCCCUCCCUCUCUCUUCCUCACCACCACCACCACCACAACCACAACAAUGGUCCACCUCCCCCUCCUCACCCUCCUCCUCGCCACCACCCUCACCCCCACCAACGGAUUCAAAUGGACACCCCCCAAAGCCACCCCCGCCGCCGCGCCCCUCCCCUCCAUCGUCCCACGCUUCAAGCCUCCGAAACCGACUCUCGCGCCUGACGCGCCGUAUGAUCUGCUGAACAAGCAUGGAGUUGGGAGACGUGCGGAGAGCUCGACGGGGGCGAUAACGGCGUAUGCGGCGCCGGAUGCUACGUGUGGGUAUUUUGAUGGGAGACCUGGCGCGCCACUACAUUGCGGAACGGCAGAUACGUGUUUUAUGUUCACGUCGGCAGGGGGGAAUGGGUAUAUCGGCUGCUGUCCGAUUGAUGGGCCCUUUGAGCAGUGUGGGUUCAGGACGAAUUGUUUAGAUGCGGCGGAUAUUAAGAAUGGGACGCUUUGUGAUAGUGGGUGUUUGCAUGAUACCUAUACUUUGAAAUGCACCGAAUCCACCGCCCCCUACUGCGCAGCCCUCACCUGGCCCAUGAACGGCGUAGCCGACUACUUCUGCGACAACGACCGCAUCACGACCACCCAAACCCUCUACACCUCCUACCGCGGCCAAACCGACAAAACCUGGUUCACCACCACUAUCUCCUCGUCCUCGUUGACCGCCUCGUCGCACAGCAGCACGUUCACCGACGGUAAUAACGGGUUUAAUGAUGCGCUGGGGCCGACUAGCGAUUCCUCCUCCGACUCCAGCGCGAACCCGACGGGGGGGACGGAUAGUGGCGCGAAUGGCUCGAGUGACCAUUCUACGAGUAAGAGUAAGAAAACUCCUGUUGGUCCUAUUGUAGGCGGUGUCGUUGGCGGGGUCGCUGCCCUCGCGAUAAUAGGACUCCUUAUCUUCUUCCUUCUCCGCCGGAAGCGCGCCGCUGCUGCCGCGUCUGCCGCGUCUGCACCCACUGUCGCCCCGCUACCCCAGGGCGGUGCGCCAGGUCCACAACAGCAGGGUCCACAGGGUCCACCGGCUUAUAUCGCUGAUGCGAAUAAACCCCCGUUGAACCCUAAUACGAAUUCCUAUUACGGACCCCCCGCCCCGCAAGCUGGGUUCGCCGGACAAUAUGGUGGGCCGGAGAUGCAGCAGCAGCAGCAGCAGUAUGCCGUAUCACCGGAGAUGCAACAACAACAGUACCCCCAACAACCACCCCAGCAGGCAGGUGGAUACUUCGACCCCAACACCGGGACCUACUACUCCCCCGUCCCCCAAAGCCAUGGAUCACCCAACCCCACAAGCCCUACCACAACAGCCGUGUCCGGGCAGACAAACGAUGUUAUUAACAGUGCCGGGGGAGUACGAGAUAGUACCGCGACGGGGAGCACGGCGGUGGGAGCGGGCGCGUAUGGGUAUUCGUCCCCUAGACCGGGGUUUAGUGAGAUGAGUGCGAAUAUGGCGGGGGGGCCGUUUCCGAGGGAUCAGCAUGAGGGGACUUUUGAGGUUGAGGGGAGUGGACCGGUGGUUGGAGGGGGAGUGGGGGGAGGGGGGGGAGGGGGAGGGCAGGGGGUGAUUAGGGAGGUUGGGGGGAUUGGGGAGUUGGAGGGGGGGGGGACGGGGAGGUGA